AUGACGUUCCAAGAUCUUGAUAGCAUCAUUGCCCAGCUUACGCUCGCCGAGAAAGUUGGCCUUCUUUCUGGUGCUGGUGCUUGUAGUACCGCUUCAUUGGAAAGGCUCAACAUUCCCAGCCUUCAAAUACCGAAGCCACCAGGAUACCAGUUUCCAUCAGCUACUGCGAUGGGCGCAACAUUUGACGUGGACCUACUCUAUCGGAUCGGGCAACUACUGGGCGAUGAGGGCAUACGCAAACGCGUGCAUGUAGCUCUGGCCCCAACCGUUUGCAUUCAACGUUCACCUCUAAUCGGGAGAGGAUUCGAGGCAUUUGCAGAAGACCCAAUUCUCAGCGGUACCUUGGCCGCAAACUAUGUUAAUGGCAUCCAGGAUCGCAAUGUCGGGGCCUGUAUCAAGCAUUACAUGGCGCACGAUCAAUCCACAAAAGCAACCGAAGAUGACGUCCACAUGACCCAUCGCACACUGCGAGAGAUACACCUCAUGCCCUUUCAAGUCGCAAUGACGAAGUCGAAGCCGUGGGCGAUCAUGACCGCUUACCAAAUGGUCAAUGGCCUUCACGUCAGCGAGGACCCAUUUCUCAUUCAGCAGGUUCUGAGACACGAAUGGAAAUUCGACGGCCUGGUCAUGAGCGACUGGUGGGGAACUUAUAGCACUUCAGAGGCCAUCAAUGCGGGCCUCGACUUGGAAAUGCCUGGCCCUAGUAUCUGGAGGGGGAAGCAGCUUAUGGCGGCAGUGGAAUGCCGCAAAGUAUCAGUCCAGACCGUAGAUGCGGCCGUCAAGAAUUUGUUGAAACUCAUACGCAGGACAAGGGCUUGGGAAAGUCGCGACAAAGGUGAGGAUGGCAACACGGCGGAAAGUCGAGCACUACUGCGGAAGGUCACGGCAGAUUCCAUCGUCUUGCUCAAAAACCAGAGCAACGUGCUCCCAUUGGAAAGAAAAGCAAGCGUUAAAUGCGGACUAAUCGGCGAGCAUUUCUGGAACCCUGGCAAUUGCGGUGGAGGAAGUUCUGAGGCAGUCCCGUUCUACAUCAACACCCCCUUGGACGCAUUCACCGAGAUGCUGGGCGACGAAAACAUCCGUUACGAGCAGGGGUGCUAUACUCGAAGGUGGACGCCAUUGAUACAGUCGGGGCUCUAUCUUCCUCAUUCGCAAGAACCCGGACUUCUCCUUGAGUGGUUUCGUGAUGACCCCUCGACCGUCCAGGGAGCCCCAUCCCUGCAUUCAACCACUACAAGAAACACUUCGAUGUAUUUCAGCCAAAUGGCUUUCGAGAAUGUGCCCGCCGCCCAUUUCAUUCGCAUAACGUCAACGUUUAUUCCCGAGAAAACCUGUCGCUAUCGAUUUGCGCUUAGUGUGUGCGGCAAGGCACGGCUGACUAUCAACAACGAAGAGAUAAUUGAGCUCUGGAAAAGCCACCCAGAGAAAACGGACGACACGCCGUGCUUCAAUAAACUUUCCAUGGAAAGGUUUGCCGAAUUGGACAUUGAAGAGGGGCAACAUUACGAUCUUGUCAUAGUCAUGACAAAUGUCCUUAUUACUCCUAGUGGACCGCCAUCCCCAGGCGGUGUUCGACUGGGCGGACAGGAACUACGAGAUGAGGAUCAAGCCAUAACCGACGCGGUGAAAUUGGCCCGAGAAGUCGACAUACCCGUCAUUCUGACUGGCCUCAGCUCAGACUAUGAGUAUGAGGCUUCCGACCGGAAAGACCUAUUUCUUCCGGGGCAAGAGAACAGGAUGAUUGAGCUGGUCUGUCGAGCUAACCCAAAUACUGUUGUUAUUAUCCAGGCUGGGAUGCCUGUUCAGAUGCCGUGGAUUGACCAUGCCAACACCCUUGUUCACGUCUGGCUGGGUGGUCAGGAGACGGGACAUGGGAUUACAGAUGUUCUUUUUGGGGACGUCAACCCAUCUGGCCGUCUUUCUGUGACGUUUCCCAAGCGUCUCGAAGACACACCAGCCUUUCUCAAUUUUGGCAAGGUUGACCGGCAAAUCGUGUAUGGUGAAGGCGUCUUCGUCGGGUACCGAUACUACGAAAAGAUUGAUCGCCCUCCUCUCUUCUACUUUGGAUACGGCCUAUCUUAUACGAAGUUUGAGUACUCAAACCUGAGAGUGCCUGGCACUUUCAUUGGGCAAGAAAACCAUGUAAUGGAAAUCUGCGUCGACAUCGCCAAUACCGGCAGCUACGAUGGCUCGGAAGUCGUCCAAGUCUACGUGUCCGACAUAGAAUGCUCUGUGCAAAGGCCACGGAAGGAACUGAAAGCAUUCCAAAAAGUUCGUAUUGCCAAGGGGGAAAAGCGGACAUGCACUAUCUCUCUUGAUAAAUAUGCACUUUCUUUCUGGUCGGAGGAGUACUCUAAAUGGAGAGCAGAAGCCGGAGAUUACGCCAUCAUCAUCGCCACUAGCGCCGACCCCAACGAUGAAGUACUGCAAAAGACUUUUCGGCUCCAGGAGACAUUCAUGUGGGCAGGCCUUUAG